GAAGUUACCUACAUUUACUGGACUACCCCUCUACCUUGCCCUUCACUUUCGAUCAACUUCGCAUCGCCUCUCUCUCUCUCUCUCUUUUGAUGUCGGAAUCAUCGACCAGGUCUUCCCCUCCAAAUCUUUCGAAACCCUAGUUCCACUAUCGAGGUACGGCGUACCGCUAUGUUAGUUUUGGGUUUUUGAGGCAUGGGUUUGGGUCGAUGAAUGAUGCCGGAGCUGCGUAGCGGAGCGCGCAGAGGCCAGGCGCAGGUGAAUCCAGUAAUCCAGGCCGAGAGGCCGAGGACGCGGCGGAGGCGGCUGGCGAGGAACCAGCAGCCGGUCGACGAGAACCCACCGUUGAGGAAGUCUGCUGAGCGUUCUGAAGAUAUCGUUCUGGUGGAAGGCCGAGGAGUAGUUGGUGAGUUUGCUGGGGAGGAGAACCAGGAAGAGGUGGGAGAGAGGAAGAUGAAUGAUUGUGAUAGCGGGGCGAAGAGCGCAGAUAAACUCGCUGGUGGUGAUGACGAGGGGAACACCGCACCUCUUCCAGAGAAGGUACAAGUCAGUAAUUCGCCACUAUACAAAGUCGAAAGGAAACUAGGAAAAGGUGGAUUUGGACAAGUAUAUGUUGGUCGUCGUAUUUCGCCUACCAAUGCAAAUGAUAGGACGAUUGGUUCUAGUGCUGUAGAGGUAGCAUUGAAAUUUGAACACAGAACCAGCAAAGGAUGUAACUAUGGUCCACCUUACGAAUGGCAAGUGUACAACACUCUUGGUGGCAUCCAUGGGGUGCCACGAGUCCACUAUAAGGGCCGACAAGGGGACUACUAUGUCAUGAUUAUGGAUAUACUGGGUCCUAGCCUGUGGGAUGUUUGGAAUAACAACUCACACACAAUGUCUGUGGAAAUGGUUGCAUGUAUUGCAAUUGAAGCAGUCUCCAUAUUAGAGAAGAUGCAUUCAAAAGGUUAUGUACAUGGAGAUGUGAAACCUGAGAAUUUCUUACUUGGGCCUCCUGGGACUCCUGAAGAAAAGAAAUUGUUUCUUGUAGAUCUUGGUUUAGCCACUAAGUGGAAGGACAGCUCAACAAGUGGGCAUGUUGAGUAUGAUCAACGUCCGGAUGUUUUCAGAGGAACUAUGCGCUAUGCUAGUGUUCAUGCUCACCUUGGGAGAACAGCAAGCAGGAGAGAUGAUUUAGAAUCCCUUGCCUAUACACUUAUCUUUCUUCUCCGUGGCCGUCUACCUUGGCAAGGGUAUCAGGGUGAAAAUAAAGGUUUUCUUGUCUGCAAAAAAAAGAUGGCUACAGCUCCAGAGGCUCUUUGUUGCUUUUGUCCACAACCUUUCAAACAGUUUGUUGAGUAUGUGGUUAACCUGAAGUUUGAUGAAGAACCUAAUUAUGCAAAAUGCAUCUCACUUUUUGAUGGCAUAGUAGGUCCUAAUCCAGAUAUUAGGCCAAUCAACACUGAUGGGGCUCAAAAGCUUAUCUAUCAGGUUGGCCAAAAGAGAGGUCGUCUAAUGAUGGAAGAAGAAGAAGAUGAUCAACCCAAAAAGAAGAUUAGGGUGGGGAUGCCUGCAACACAAUGGAUUAGUAUUUAUAAUGCACGGCGACCUAUGAAGCAGAGGUACCACUACAAUGUGGCUGAUAUGAGGCUUGCACUGUUGGUUGCUACUCGGAAAGCCUAUAGGUUCCACUGUACAAAAAUUUUGUACAAAGGCACUGGCUUCACUGCUCAAGUUUAUGAACUGUCUGCGAAUUUUCUUCACAAGGAAUGGAUAAUGGAACAAUGGGAGAAAAACUAUUACAUCAGCGCACUUGCAGGGACAAACAGUGGCAGCUCCUUGGUGGUAAUGUCAAAAGGUUCUGCAUAUGCACAGCAAUCUUACAAAGUCAGCGAGUCAUUUCCUUUCAAGUGGAUAAACAAAAAAUGGAGAGAAGGUUUUUAUAUCACUGCAAUGGCAACAGCUGGAAAUAGAUGGGCUGUUGUUAUGUCUCGUAAUGCAGGCUUUUCUGACCAGGUUGUUGAACUCGACUUUCUCUACCCUAGUGAAGGUAUUCAUUGAAGAUGGGAUUGUGGUUUCCGCAUAACGGCAACUGCUGCUACAUGGGAUCAAGUUGCCUUUGUGCUUAGUGUACCUAGAAGGAAGCCAAUGGAUGAGACACAAGAGACACUUAGGACAUCUGCUUUUCCUAGUCAACAUGUGAAGGAGAAGUGGUCAAAGAAUCUGUACAUUGCAUCUGUUUGUUAUGGCCGCACCGUCUCGUGAAGUUGAUGUCUUCUGCCAGAAUCAUUAACUACCUUUCACUACCACCAUCAGUUAUAUUGGCUAGUAUAAUAUCAUAAGUUCGCUUUGCCUUUUUGCCACUAGUAUUAGAUCAUAAGUUAUAACUAGGUUAAGGCACCCUUCAUCUCCAUUUCUAGGAAAAACCACCAUAGUGGCGCCAUUCUGUAUUAAGUUUUGAAGAUGCCCUUGUUUUAGUUUCCAUAGUGAAUUUAAGUCUGUAUAGUCAUAAUCUUUUAGGUUGUAUGUACUUAAUUUUGGUAGAAAAUUAAACAUCUAUUGGAUGGAAUCA